AAAUAAAAAGUUGAUACUUUCCUCUCUUCUCACUCUCGCAGAAAAAUAAAAUUUCUUCGUUCCUCUGGUCAAGGAGACUCCGAUCACCGGAUAGAUGUUUCCGGUGGCCGGAGCUAUCGUCCCUUUUAAACCUAAAAGUUCGUGCCGUUCAUCCAAGAAACCAGAGUGAUUAGCCUGCAAUUUCAGUAUUCUCGAUGGAUUCUGUGGACGACGAGGUUUCUACCUCUGAAAGGACGACGAAGGGGCGUUAUCUAGCUUUAAUUGUGCGAUGGUGCGCCGUGCUUAUGCUUCCAGUAGUUUUAUUCUUUGUUGUGACCUUAUCGUUGAGUUUAGUUGCCGUUCUUGUCGCCAAUUCGUCAAUUCCUAAUUCCAUUUCUUUGCGCUCUCAGUGCAAGAUUGUUUCCAGCAGUGUGGACCUUAGGUCAUCUAAAGUUUGUGAACUUGGACUACUGAAUUAUAAAGCCAAGAAUGUUUUCUACCCCUAUGAAAGGAAUAAGUUUAGAUGCCGUUACGACUACUACUGGGCGUCUGUAUUCAAGGUAGAAAUGAAGGAUCAUUUUUCUGGCAAGGCUCGGAUUGGUUUGGCAGAGGCUCCAGAUGAGGCCCUUCCUCAUAAAUGCAGGCCUAAUUUCGGUGCUGCAUGGUUGGCAAAAGAUAAAUUCAAGGUGAAUGAAACAUACGACUGCUGGUACUCAUCUGGCAUUUCCAAAGUGAGCUUAGACUAUGAUGGUUUCUCCAGUUGUCAAUCUCAAGAGCCUACAAAAGUCGAGAUGAUUAAAAGAUACUACUUUCUGUGCACAAAAAUAUUGCUUUCUUGGCAUUCUAGCAAGGAAAGAGCCAUAUUUUGGAGGUGGGAUGUGAUGGCUGGACUUAUGACUGGUUUUUCGACUUCAUUGAUCGCCAUUACUGUCUUAAGGAUCCUACAGCCACUGAUUCCUUGGAUGCUUAGGUACUUCACAGCAAGAUUUUUUAUCCACCUGAAUCGCGGUUGUUUUCUGGUAGCGUACUUCUCCUUUGUAGGUUGGUUAAUUGUCCAGUAUGGAAAAAGGCUUAGCCUUCCUGAGAUUUUCAAUAUCCUGAAAACUAGGUUGUGGUCCUCAAACUGAAACAACAGAAAGAAAGUAAAUGUAGCAUUUUUUUCCAGUGAAUCGAUGUUAGAAUUUAUUACAUUACGGCUGUUUGUAGAAAGAUGUAUGAUGUAUUGAUGAGAUGAAGCUGUAACUUCCAUUUAUGUGAAAAUUUGAUACAAGAAGAAGAAAUGGAUUUACAUACCUACAGAAACUGCUA